AAUCUCUCCAGUAACGCGACAGGUUCGCUCCCAGCAGCAGUGUUCAAAAGCAAGGCAGGAUCCUGCAUUUCCCCGAGAAUGAGGCGAUAUCUGCACUUUCGGAAAGGAAAGAACAACUUUUAAAAUUCUGCCAGCGGAGUCUGCAGCCUCACGAUGUCCCUCACGUUGUUUCUGAAGACGGUUUCUAACCUGAGCGGAAAGUAUGACCGGCAGGUUCACAUCACAUUCCGAGGCUACACUCACUUGACCAGAAAAGUGAAAUGUGAAAGUAAAGCUGUCUUCAAUGAGGAAUUCCGUUGGCCUCAUUAUGGAAGGGACAUUAUGGAAGAGAUGCUGGAGAUCCGAGUUUAUAACCACAGCAAAGUCUUCAGUAACCGGCUGCUGGGUCACCUACAGAUCAGUCUUCAGCAGGUGGCGAAAACUGGUCGCUUAGCCCUAAAAGAAACUCUGGUUGACAAGAAGAAUUCUCUGACGGAUAUAUUGGUGGACCUGGAGGUCAGAUAUCAGCCAGUCGAGGGAGCUGUGGGAUCAUGGGCAGAAAAUGACUUUGUGGUUGAUAUAAGUGACAGGGAAGCUCUUAUUAUCCAAAAUGAGGGAUACCGAUCUCACGACCCAAGUGUAUUGGAUAAAGAGGAUCAGUUGGAUAAAAAGACAAAAGCUCUUGGGCGGAAGUUAGUCAACAAUGAUAGCACUGAGGAUGACGAUGAUGUUGAUAUUUCGGAAGUUGAUAUCAGUUCCGUGUCCUUCACUCUUCAGAAAAGUCGCUGUAGGCUUUUUACCAGGGCAGAGCUGGAUAUACCCAGAAUACAGAACUUCCAGGUAACAGUAAACGUAAUUGAGGCACGAAAAUUAAUUGGGGUGAACAUCGACCCAGUAGUUUAUGUGAAGGUGGGAAAUGAAAAGAAGCACACAGCCACUCAGAAAUCCACCAACUGCCCGUUUUAUAAUGAGUAUUUUGUUUUUGAAUUCCAAGAGUCACAACCUGUCUUGUUUGAUAAAAUCAUUGAAAUUAUUGUUGUUCAUGCAAAAAAAAUCCCAUUCACUGGAGUUCAGCUGGGAACAUUCAAGAUUGAUGCAGGGACUGUUUAUCAGCAGCCAGAUCACAAGUUCUUUCAGAAAUGGGCAACCCUUACUGACCCUAAAGAUACUAAAGGUGGCAUAAAAGGAUUUGUGAAAUGUACGAUUUCUGUAAUGGGGAAAGGAGAUUUACAGGGCUUUCUCCCCAGUACAGCCAGUAAUCAGGAUGAAGAUAUUGAAAAGAAUCUUCUGCUUCCAAAACAAGUGCCAGCUGAGAGACCCUGGGCAAAGUUCUACAUCAAGAUUUAUAAAGCAGAGGAUCUCCCCAGCAUGAACUCAGGAUUCAUGGGGAGUUUUUCAAAAAUUCUGGGAGAUAAUAAAGUCUUCAUUGAUCCUUACGUUCAAGUUACCUUUGCAGGACAGCAGGGAGAGACAUCGGUGGAAAGCAACACAACCAAACCAGAAUGGAAUGAACAAAUCACUUUUGUUGAGAUGUUUCCCUCACUUGCUCGACGUAUCAAAGUACAAGUCGUUGAUGAUGCGAAAAUCAAUGAUGUCGCUGUUGCGACUCACUUUAUCAAUUUGCAGCAGAUCUCCGAUGCUGGGAUUAACGCUGGAUUCCAUCCGACCUUUGGCCCAGCUUGGAUCCACCUCUACGGCUCGCCUCAGAACUCAGUGCUAAUGGAUGCUCACAAGAACUUGAAUGAGGGCCUGAGAGAGGGGAUAUUUUAUCGAGGACGAAUACUUAUGGCAGUGACAGUGGAAGUUUUCAGCUCGAUUUCGGCUGUUCAAAGCACAAAAGGCAAAAGUCAGAAGAGCGCCUUCAGCAAACUCAAACUGAAGAAAAUAAGCAAGAAAUCGAAAUCCAUGUCUAAGACUGUAGAGGAGAGCAGCAGUCAAAAUGAAGGUGAAGACGGUAUAAAUUCCCAAGAGCAGCCGAAUGCAGUAGAGGUGGAGGUUGAAGAAAUCCACCCAGCCCCAGAGUUUAUUGCAGGUGUGAAAAAGGAAUUCCUGCUGUUUGCUGCAUUUUUUGAGGCAACCAUGGUUGACCCUUCCGUAGGGUCACACCCUCUCACCUUCGAAGUGUCCAUAGGUAACUAUGGCAAAUUGGUAGAAGUUGUCACAAAAAAGAAAAAAGAAGGGAAGGUGGAAGAGAAUGAGGAGAAGAAAUCUUUGCUGGAUACAAGAGAUUCCGAAGAUGAGCUGGAGAAUGCUGUAACCAGUUUACCUCCAAGACAGAAUUCAAUUACACCACCUACAAAAGCAGAGAGUACUGAAUUUGACAGGUCAUAUUGUUGUCUUCCGUUUCUAUAUGAGAAACCAUGUGUGUAUGUAUGGAGUAGUUGGGAAGAUUAUUCAUGGCGCUUGUAUAAUUCCAACCUCCUGACAAAGAUUGCAGGGAGACUGGAGGAUGGACUUGCUGAAGUGGAACACAUGGUAAAGAGACCAAAGUCAGAGUCACAGAUUCAACUUCAUCAAAUCUUGAAUGAGUUUGCUGCAGGAUGCAGGCAAUACCACAUCUACGCUGAAAAGAAAACCACAAGCAGGCCCAACAAUUUGGAUCGAUGUCGAAUUAAGUCCUUAAAGCAUAAUAUUAUUGUUUAUGCAAAGCAGGCACUAAGAAUUAUGAAAAGGUUGAACAAAAGAAAUGUAAAGGAGCAACUUAGUGAAGCACACAAACUACUGGCGAAAAUCAAAACACGAGUGGGGGAGCCACAAACACCAAUCCCGGAUGUCUUUAUCUGGAUGCUGUGCAAUGGGAGGCGUGUAGCAUUUGCACGAAUACCUGCCCAGCAUAUUCUAUACUCAGUGGCGGAGGAGGAGAAGGGAAAAGACUGUGGGAAAAUCCAGUCUAUCAUCAUGAAGGCUCCAGGUGCACCUAUUGGGGAGAUUUUUGCAAAACUAGAGCUUUACAUGUGGCUGGGAACCACAAAAUUCAUGAAGAGCAACAUCAGCAGUCUGCCCCAGGAGUUUAUUCCAGUCUAUGAGGAAGGCAUAAGGAGAACAGAAAUUUCUCGACCGCUACCACCGAUCAAGCUGAAUAGUGACUACAAUAGUUAUUUCCAGUUGCGAGCUCAUAUGUACCAAGCUCGAAGUGUCCUUGCAGCCGAUGACACUGGAUUAUCAGAUCCUUUUGCAAGAGUUGUAUUUUCAACUCAGUGCCAAUCAACCAGGUAUCUGGAAGAAACGCUUUCCCCAAUGUGGUCCGAGAUGUUGCUGUUUGAUCAGAUCCUGAUAGAGGGAAGUAAAGAGGAACUGAAGAAUGAUCCUCCCAUAAUCAUCAUCAAUAUCUUUGACUAUGACAGCUUGGGAGGCCCAGAGUUUCUUGGGCGAACAUUCGCAGCUCCCAGUGUUAAGCUGCAGGAGGACCCCUACAUCAGACCUUCCCUAAAGUUUCAUGAUAUUUACAGAGGCCAGACCAUGGGUGGGGAACUGCUGGCAGCCUUUGAACUUAUAGAACUUGACUACACUGGAUAUGGAGAGCCAUCUCUGUCAGAUGAUGUGGAAUCCAAGGAUCCAGAAUAUCUUGAUGAACAGAUGAAAUAUUUCAUUAUUCCUGCAGGCAUCCGACCAAAGCUCAAGACGUUCAGAAUUGAGGUUCUGUUCUGGGGUCUCCGGGACUUGAAACGUGUUAAUCUGUUUGAAGUGGAACAACCACAAGUGGCAAUAGAAUGUGCUGGUCAGAAAGUCGAGUCUGAAAUCAUUGCAAAUUACAAAGAGAAUCCUAACUUUGAUGAACUUGUGAAGUAUUUUGAAGUGGAACUCCCAGAGCAGAUAUACCUUCACCCACCCCUCAGCAUCUUUGUAGUGGAACAGCGUGCAUUCGGGCGCACAGUCCUCGUGGGCUCCUACACCGUCACAAGCUUGCAGCAGUUUUCCCUGAAGGAACUAGAGGAGAACCCAAAACCUCAAGAUGAUGAUCUUAAAACCAAAAAAAAAGCGUACAAACUCCCCUUUUCCAAUGGUAACACACAGGCUCAAAUCACAGUCUCUGUUGAACCAGAAAUAACAUUUUCUGAGAAUAAGAAAAGGCCUCUUGAUGUGCUGAAGAUACCAAUGAAGAAACUGCCACUGAAAACAAAAUUAGCAAAGGAUGAACCUGAAGAAUAUGAGGAAAAGAUUGACCUGGAGGAGCUGGAUUGGUGGUCAAAGUAUUAUGCAUCUCUGGAGGAGAUUAAGGAAAAAGAAUAUGAUGAAGAAGAAGAAGCUAAUGAACAAGUUGUUACUCAAUUGAAUCUGGCAGCGCUUGAUGACAUAGAGGAGGAGGUUAAUGGGCCAGAGGAGCAGGCACCCCCAGCAGCCAGGAAAACCAUUGCAACAUUCCAGAUUUACAACUCUGAGCUUGAAAAUGAAUACAAUAACUUUGGAGAUUGGCUCUAUAUCUUCCCUCUGUACCGAGGUAAAGCCAAUGGAAAUGAAUUUGGAGACACGGUUGAUGAUCGAACUAUGGGAAAAUACAAGGGUUCCUUCCGAAUCUACCCGAAUAAUGAAGCGGAAGCUGAUUUUAAGAUAUUGCAGGGUAUCCCGAAGAACAGACCAAUCAAAGUUCUUGUCAGAGUUUAUAUAGUAAAAGCAACUAACCUUGCUCCCACGGACCCGAAUGGAAAGUCUGAUCCCUACAUUGUAGUUAAAGUUGGUGAACAAGUACAGGACAGUAAGGAUCGUUAUAUCCCCAAACAACUGAACCCUGUCUUUGGAGAAGUGUUUGAAAUGACUGUUGCAUUUCCGAAGGAGACAGAGCUCACUGUUUCAAUAUUUGAUCACGAUAUGGUUGGAAAGGAUGAUCUGAUUGGAGAAACUAAACUUGAUCUGGAGAAUCGAUACUACAGUAAAUACCGAGCUCAGUGUGGACUGCCAACGCAAUAUGACGUUCAAGGUUACAAUGUAUGGCGUGACUGCCUGAAGCCUUCCCAGAUCUUAACAAAACUCUGUAAAGAUUUACAAUUAUCCGAGCCUGAGUACAGGAUUGAGGAGGUGAAAGUCAACAAUAAAAUAUUCAAGAUGCCCAAUGACCCACCACCAUCAGGGGCUAACAAGAAAGGAAUAAGUCCCAUGAUGACUGAUGAACAGAAGGCUCUGUAUGUGUUAAAGCACUGGGAAGAAAUGCCAGAAUAUGGUGUCAAACUGGUACCUGAACACAUAGAAAUACGGACUCUUCAGGAAUGUGACAGUCCAGGGAUGUCAAAGGGCCAAGUUCACAUGUGGGUCGACAUGUUCCCUGUUGACUUACCCGCACCUCCACCAGUCAAUAUUAAACCCCGUCAGCCAAUCAGUUAUGAACUAAGAGUCAUUAUUUGGAACACAGAUGAUGUGGCACUAGAUGAUGUGAAUCCGCUGACAGGAGACCGAUCCAGUGACAUCUACAUCAAAGGUUGGCUAAAGGGUUUAGAAAAUGACAAGCAAGAGACUGAUGUCCACUUUAACUCUCUGACUGGAGAGGGGAAUUUCAACUGGCGGUUUGUUUUCCGUUUUGACUACUUGCCAACGGAGAAGGAGAUUGUUUAUAAGAAGAAAGAGUCGAUUUUCUCCUUGGAGGAGUCUGAGUUUCGACAGCCUGCUGUUCUCAUGCUCCAACUCUGGGAUUAUGAUUUGAUUUCUGCAAAUGACUAUCUUGGUUCUGUUGAAUUGAAGCUUUAUGAUAUGAUUCGAGGAGCAAAGACUGCUGAGCAAUGUACCAUCAGGAUGGCCAAAGAGAAGGCAGGUCCACGCACCUCCAUCAUAAGAAGCAAACGGAUGAAAGGAUGGUGGCCAUUGAUCAAAGUUAAAGACUCAGAAGAUGAGGAAGAAGCAGAAGAAGAAAAGAAGAAAAAGAAGAAAAAGAAGAAAAAGAAGAAAGUAAAAAUAGAGGAUGUUGAGUUUACUGACAGCUCCAACAAUACCUACAUACUCAGGGGUAAAGUAGAAGCUGAGAUGCACUUGCUGACUGCAGAGGAAGCAGAGAAAAGUCCUGUUGGCCUUGGUCGCAAGGAACCAGAACCACUGGAAAAGCCCAAUCGACCCAACACAUCCUUCAACUGGUUCACGAACCCUUUGAAAUCGUUUGUCUACUUUAUCUGGAAGAACUACAAGUGGUAUAUAAUUGGCCUGCUGGUCAUAGUCAUCCUGGCUCUCUUUAUCUUCCUGAUCCUUUACACAAUGCCGCAGUUCAUUAGUGAGAAGAUCAUCAAUGGCUGACCCCUCACUCCCACACAACUCCAGCAGAUUCACAGCUGCAGCACGGUGAUAAAUCCAGCAGGAUGACAUUUCCAACACCCCGACAUCUCCAACACCCUGACCUCCCCGACACGCUGACCUCCCGACCUUCCUGACGUCCAUGACACGCCAACUUCCCCGACAUGCCGACCUCCCUGACCUCCCCGACCUCCUCGACCUCCUCGACCUCCCUGAUCUCCCCGACCUCCCUGACCUCCCCGACCUCCCUGACCUCCCCGACCUCCCUGACCUCCCCGAUCUCCCCGACCUCGACCUCCCUGACCUCCCCGACCUCCCUGACCUCCCCAACCUCCCUGACACGCCGACGUCUCCAACAAGGUGAAGUCUCCAGGACUGUUUAUACUGGACAGCAGCUUCAGGAAAGCUGCCUACAUUAAAUAUGGACAUCUUUCAUGAAUAUCAUAUCAGAGGUAACAGAUGCCUAUAGGGUGAGGAAAGUUGAGGCAAGCUAUUACUACCAAUGUCUUCCCUAACUGUUUAAUUUAAUGUGAUAGGGUAAUGUUCCCACCAGUGGGUGAUUCUUGGCUGUUACCAGCUGAAGUGUUGGCACGGAGCCCUAUUCCUCACUACAAGUAUUUCAUCCACUCCAGCCGUUACAAGAGGCCCAAAGACUGAACAUUGUCCUGGAGCAGGAGGAGCCUUGCACCUUUUCAACAAUCAUCCAGGUGGCCAUGUGCCCCAGAACAAGGUCUAAUGCUGUCCUAUAUCUGAUGCCCUUUCCAGAAUUCCCAAAUCUUUUAAUAACAAGAAGUGAAUUUGUAGACCAAGAAUAUUAUCAGAUCGGGUGAAUCCUCUAUCUACUUUCAGUCUACACUAGGCACUUGAGUACCACCCAUCCAGGAAGUCCUGGAGAAAUGCAGUGAGACCAAAACCUGCCAUAAAUCCAUACCUGUUUUUGAUAUUUGCUGUACUAGGGAAAUGAGUGUAACUCGGCAGAGUGACCCCUUGUCAUCAGGUGUCAACAGCAAGCAUUUCUGGGCCAAGGUCUGGUCAAGAGCAAAGCUUCCUUGGACCGAGGAUCCAACAGUUGAUAGCCUGGGAAGAAAAUGAUAGCAAAGCAGGAAAGGACAGCAAGCCUAGGGUUUAACUUUCGUACUGCCUCACUUUAUACAGUUAAAUCUCUGCUGUUAAGUCUUUGUGAGUAAAGGAUGGAACAAAAUUAAAGGUAAGUGUGGGUUACUCAGCUAUGGGCAAUCAGGGGGAUGUGAAAUAAGGAGAUCACUGCAUCCUCACUGAGGUUUCUGAGACAUUUGCCUUUCAGCCCACAUCGGCAAAAUGAUAUCAGACUGAGUUUGCAAAAUGCUCACUUAUUUGUAGGCAAUCUAUAAAGUUACUAGAGAUUUCUUUGUACGCUUGAAAUAAUUAACUGCAGGCAGCUCAGUAUGAUGUAAGCAGCAGUUGGUUUUCACAAACGUCUAAGUUAAAGCGAGUCUUGCUGACCGAAGCUAAUGAUCUGAUAGGGAGCAACAUGUAAUUGUGACCUUAAAAUAUCCAACACAAUGACAAGUAACUGAAAAAAGAAACUAGUGCAAGGCACUAAAAAUACUCCUUGACUCAAGAAUCAUUUACGCACUUUCCAAUACAGCAGAUUAAUGGGAGUUCUUUGUUUCAAUAGAAUUUUGUAAAUUCUGAUCUGCAUUGUAUUAGAAACUUUUCAAUGUAUUUUAUGUAAUUAUGUAAUUCUGUAUUUGUUAUACUCAAUCUUGAUUGCUAAUUGUAAUAUCUUGUCUCAUCCCUAUCAAUUGUAAUCUAUAAUUCUUGCACCAUGAUUGAAUGUUAUUUGAUGAGAUACAUAUAUUGUGCUGGAUGGAUUAAGAUUUUGAAGGUUUAUUUUAUAUUUCUAAGCUGCAUUGCUGUCAAAUAUAUAUCAAAUAUCUGCAAAAUGAUGCAAUAAAACUCUCAGACAGAUAA